AUGCUAUCGGACAACUGGGUGCACAGCUUGGACCAGCACAACCGAACACUCAGCAACUUGAAGGCCUUCAAUUGGGAGUCAUGGAACAAGGGAGGACCCGGAUGGUACGACUACCUGCAGAGCCAGGUGGACGACAUCGCCGCCGCCGGCAUCACCCAUGUGUGGCUACCACCGCCGUCGCACUCCGUCGACGCGCAAGGUUAUCUUCCGGGGCGGCUGUACGACCUGAACGUGUCCCAGUACGGGAACGAGACGCAGCUGAGGGCCCUCAUCGCGGCGUUCCACGGUAAGGGCGUCAAGUGCAUCGCCGACAUCGUCAUCAACCACCGCACGGCGGAGAGCAAGGACAGCCGCGGCGUCUACUGCAUCUUCGAAGGCGGCACGCCGGACGGCCGCCUGGACUGGGGCCCCCACAUGAUCUGCCGCAACGACAGCUACUCCGACGGCACGGGCAACGCCGACACCGGCCUGGACUACAAGCCGGCGCCGGACCUCGACCACCUGAACGACGUCGUCCGGAGCGACCUCACGGGGUGGCUCGAGUGGAUGAAGAACGACGUCGGCUUCGACGGCUGGCGCCUCGACAUGGCCAACGGCUACUCCCCGGCCGUCGCCGGCAGGUACAUCAACAGCACCAGCACGACGCCUGACCUCGCGGUCGCGGAGAUAUGGACGGACAUGGCGUACGAGCAGGACGGGAUCAGGCCGCGCGCCGACCAGGACGCGCACCGGCAGGUCCUCGCAGACUGGGUGGACGCCGUCGGCGGCCCCGCGGCGGCAGCGUUCGAUUACACCACCAAGGGCAUCCUCCAGGCCGCGCUCAACUUCAGCGCGCUGUCGCGGAUGAAGGACGCCCAGGGGAGGGCGCCCGGUCUGGUCGGCCUGCGCCCACCUCAGGCCGUCACGUUCGUCGACAACCACGACACCGGUUCAAAGACGCAUCAGCUCUGGCCAUUCCCGCCGGCGAAGCUCUUGCAGGGCUACGCCUACAUCCUCACGCAUCCCGGCACCCCUUGCAUCUUUUACGACCAUUUCUUCGAUCCGAACAUGAAAGACCAGAUCACUACGAUGAUGGAGAUAAGGACGCGGAACACGAUUGGGCCGGCCAGCAAGUUGCAGAUUCUCCUCGCUGAAAACGAUGCAUACGUCGCAGAGAUCGACGGCAGUGUGCUAGCCAAGGUUGGACCUAGGUACGAUGUCAGCAAGUACGUUCCUGACGGCUUCCAGGUGACCACCAGUGGAAGCGAUUUCGCAAUAUGGGAGAAAAGCUCCGUUGUGCAAACGAACACACCGCCACCGUCAACAACAACAACAACAAGGUCGCGGAGGUGGGUAACGCCAGUCGUCGCCACGGUUGCGCCGCUCUCGGCCUUGCUCGCCUGCGGUGCUGCAGUGAUGCUUCUGUUCCGGCGACAAAAGAGGAGGCGGAGGAGGCAACGGCUUCAGGAGAGCGCCAGGGCAAUUGAUCACUCCGAUGACGACGACGACCAUCACGACCAGUUCCAGGAUGCUGAUUUCGAAAAGGCGGUGGUGGGACCAAGGCGGUACCACUACCGCGAACUGGCGGCGGCGACCAACAACUUCGACGAGGAGAACAAGCUCGGGAGUGGCGGCUUCGGCCUUGUCUACCGCGGGCUGGACGGCCAAUUCGACGUGUGGGAGAUGGAGCGCAUGCUGGUCGUAGGGCUCUGGUGCUCGCACCCGGUGCCCAGGGAGCGUCCGUCCAUCGUGCAUGCUCUCAACGUGCUGCAGUCCCGGGACGCCACCCUGCCGGCGCUCCCGACCAACGUCCAUCGUGGCGCCGCGGCGCCAACUGCUGGGUUCAGUGCGUACGUUCACUCUAUGUCGUCCGUCGGUAGCGUUGGAGAACCAUGCUGA